CUUCCAUAAUUACACUCGAUGUAUUACAACCAUAUAUUAGACUACUUUAUUUUACUCGUUUUUGGACUACUUUUUUGGCUUUUGAAUCAGUCAUUGUAAAUAAAAUUAAUCUAUGUUGUUUGGGAAAUGAUGGACUCUGUGGAAAAUCUCUCCCAAAAAAGUGCCCAAGAGAUGAGACAGAUGAAGGUUCCAAUGCCACUAAAGGCAGUGAACAGUAUGAUAUAGAAGGAGAUGAUGAUGGCUUUGCAAGCUAUGGGUUUUAUCUCAAUAUAGGGAUCGGAUAUUUUGUAGGAUUCUGAGGACUUUAUGGCCCUUUAUUGCUCAAACGUUCUUGGAGAAACACCUAUUUUUAAGUUCUUGAAUGAUACAGAAGAGUGGAUCUACUCAAAAACUAGAGCAUCUAAAACAAGACCAACGCAGAAGAGACAUUAAGUUAGAAGUGAAAAUGGACCCGAAAACCCACGCCAACGAAAGCACGUGACGCAUCAAAGAUGACUAAAAGCUUAAUCGGAAAAGUACGCGGCGGCAAGGGGAUACGAAGAUCAAGAGGACAUGUACAUUUAGUCAAUUACGUUAUGAUUGAAUAAAUAAAACGAUUGUCCAGGAGAAACAAACCUUGGAAUAUCGAAAGUUUUCUUAACUUUCUUCAAUGGGGCUUGAGCCAAUUUCGUGGAAGAGAUGGAAUAAAAAGACAAUUUUACUAAUUAGUGCGCGUAUGCAAUAUGUACAUGGACGUGUCAAAAAGUAAGCCAAAUUAGUUAGGAAUAAUAUAUACAAAUAGAAGUUGAGUGUGUAAAAGCUUCACAGUGUCUAUGAUUUUUCUUUUUCUUUUUUUCUUUUUUUUUAAUUAUGCGGUUGAGAAUUAACAUCUCUCCUCCACAUUAUAUCACGUCUGGCGGACCGAAAUCAUUUUACUCGUUUUCAGAAUAAUUUAUUUUACUCGUCUUUCGACUUCUCUCAAUUUAAAGUACAUCAAAUAUUAUUAACUCUCCCAUUUACGAAUUACUCAUGCAUUACAGCCAUAUAUCCAUGGGUGGUUGUUUUCGCGAGCUCUUGCUGACACUCGUGCUUGUAUCAAUUAUAGCAGGCACAGUUUCAGUUUUGGGUUCAAGUUUUGGUACUAAUUAUUCCAACAACAUUCGGUGCAUCGAGAAGGAGAGGCAAGCACUCCUCAAGUUCAAACGGGGCCUUGAAGAUGAAGGAGGUGUGCUUUCUUCCUGGGGAAGCACUGAAGAUUGUUGCACAUCUUGGAAAGGAGUCCGAUGCAGUAAUUCAACAGGUCAUGUUAUCAUGCUUGAUCUGCACUCAGAGAAGACUUGCUAUUACGACUUCUAUGUUGAAAACGAAACCUGCAUCUUAAGUGGUGAGAUGAACACUGCACUGUUGGAGUUGAAAUAUCUGAAUUAUUUAGACUUGAGUUUCCGAUAUUUCAAUAACACCAACUUCCUAGAGUUGAUCACUUCCUUCUCUAAUUUGAGAUAUCUAAAUCUCUCUUAUGGUGGUUUGAGUGGAACAAUACCAAACCAGUUUGGAAAUUUGUCGAAUUUAAUUUCACUUGAUCUCAGGGGAAACACUGACUUGGAGGCCAAAAAUCUCGAUUGGCUCUCCCAUCUUCCAUCUCUGAGACACUUGGACAUGGACGGUGUGAAUCUAAGCAAGGCUGUGGAUUGGCUGCAAGUGGCUAACAUGCUCCCUUCUCUACAGCAUUUGAGUCUAAGAGAAUGUGGGCUUUCCAUUGUGACUCCUCCUCCAACUCUAUUUAAUAUUAAUUCCUCUGCUUCACUUUCAUUCCUUGAUCUCAGUGAUAACCAAAUCACCUCCAUGAUAUUUCCUUCGUUGUUGAGACAUGCCAACAGCCUUGUUUUUCUUGACCUCUCUUUUAAUGAUUUACGCGGUUCAUUUCCACAUCACACUUUGGAGAAAGCAAUAUCACUUGUUCAUCUCGAUCUUUCUUACAAUCACCUAGAAAGGAUAGUACCAAAAUCCUUGGAGAAUUUUCAGAGUCUGCAGGUACUUAAUUUAUCAUCAAAUAAUCUCAGUGGAGAGGUGCUUAUUGAUUUUGCAAAACUCCCAUCCUUGAAGGAGUUGCGUUUGUCCAACAAUCACUUAAAUGGGAAUCUCCCCUUAAGUGUAGGGAAGCUGUCCAAGCUUGAGGUUUUGGAUGUUUCUUCAAAUUCUUUGGAUGGCACCAUCACCCAAGCCCACUUGUUGAAUUUCUCCCUCCUAAAAGAGUUGGAUUUCUCUUACAAUUCAUUCUCAUUGAACUUCAGUCCAGCUUGGGUUCCCACAUUUCAAUUGGACACUUUGAGAUUGAGCUCCUGCAGAAUAUUGGGAUCAGCAUUUCCUCAAUGGCUCCAAACCCAAAAGAAUUUGUCGUACCUUGAUAUCACUAAUGCAGGUAUUUCAGACAUCAUUCCCGAAAGGUUUUGGGACAUAUCUUAUAAGUUGAGAUAUUUGAAUCUAUCUUACAACCAGAUCAAGGGCACGGUGCCAGACUUGUCCUCAAGGUUUGUUGGUUUCCCUGGUAUGGAUUUGAGUCAUAAGAAGUUCAGUGGUCCUCUAUCAGCAUUUCCUUCAAAUAUAACAACACUAAAUCUCUCCAAUAAUUCAUUCCAUGGAUCUGUAUACUUCUUAUGUACAAUGAGUACUGUAACUUUAAAUUACUUGGACCUUCCCAAUAAUUUGCUGUUUGGAAGCCUUCCCGACUGUUGGACAGCAUUAGACAAGUUGGUUGUGCUUAAUAUGGCAAAUAAUAAUUUGUCUGGGACAAUUCCUAAUUCGAUAGGAUUGGCUCAACGAAUUAAUACAUUGCAUUUAGGCAACAACAGUUUUGUUGGGGAACUACCUUAUUCUUUGGGCGAAUGCAAGAGAUUGGAGGUAAUAGAUGUCGGAGAAAACAGAUUAACUGGAAGCAUACCAGCAUGGGUUGGGGAAACAGAAUACUUAAGGAUUCUUGUCCUACGUUCAAACUUGUUCAGUGGAAGCAUACCUCCGGAGUUAAGUCAUCUAACAUCUCUUCAGGUGUUGGAUCUUUCUCAUAACAAAAUUUCAGGAGCUAUACCACAAUGCCUCAAUAACAUCACCUCCAUGGCUGAACAACAUAGCCCAUUUGAUGGAACAAUAGGAUAUUCUUAUGCCUCGACCUACAUAUACUACAAUGCAGACGGAUCUGCUGGAUAUUAUGUUUCUGAAUAUAUCGACAACGUUCUCCUGAUACUAAAGAAAAUGGGGCUAGUUUAUAGUAAAAAUCUUGGACUAGUAAAAGCCAUGGAUCUUUCAAGUAACAACUUAACAGGGUACAUUCCAGUUGAACUAACAAAUCUUACUGGACUUAUCGGUUUGAAUCUGUCCGGAAAUUGGUUGACAGGAACCAUCCCUCAAGAAAUUAGCAAGUUGAAGCAACUGGAUUCUCCCGACUUAUCAAGGAAUCAACUUUCAGGUGGAAUCUUUUCUAGCCUGUCCCAUUUGACCCAUCUAGGUACCUUGGAUUUGUCUCAUAACAAUCUGUCAGGUAGAAUACCAACUAUUACACAACUGCAGGGCUUCAACAAAUCUGCAUUCGAAGAAAAUCCAGAUCUUUGUGGCGUCCCCCUUCCAAAGAAGUGUCCUGGAGAUGAGGAACCUGACAUACCAGAAGUUGCAAAUACUAAUAUUGAACAUUCAUGGUUUUGUUACCAGAGCGCAGGAAUUGGAUUCAUUCUGUCGUUUUCGGGAGUUUGUGGAUUGUUACUGCUGAAUGUAUGUUGGAAUCAUUCUUAUGCUCAGUACAUAGACGAAUUGGGAGCCAGAUUUCAUGUCAGAAUCACUGGUGGGUAAGCCAUAAAUUCAUGGCUGAAAUUACUUGAGUGUUAUUAGCCUAAGUGCAUACUUGUUCAGUGAAACUAUGGUUGCCACGGUCUUUGCGAGAAUAACUUCUGCAUGCAAGCUUUGUUUUAUUUUUUCUUUGUGUGUGCUCAUCCUUUUUUUUGUAGUAGUGUUAUGUAAUUCGUCUUUCAAGUUUUGAUUUGCUUUCUAGUCUAGCAUGGGAAAUUUGUAACAUAUAAAGAAAUUGUUGCAUUAUGCUUGUUAGCCAAUUAUUUAUAGGAAUUUCAUCCAUAA